AUGCUUCCCCCCAUCCCCUUCCCUGCUUCCCCCCAUGUCCCCGUCCCUGCUUCCCCCCACGCCCUUCCAUGCUUCCCCCCAUCCCCUUCCCUGCGUCCCCAUGUCCCUUUCCCUGCUUCCCCCCAUCCCCUUCCCUGCUUCCCCGUGUCCCAUUCCCUGCUUCACCCCAUCCCCAUUCCAGGUUCCCCCCAGCCCCUUCCCUGCUUUCCCCCAUCCUUCUCUGUGCUUCCCCAUGUCCCUUUCCCUGAUUCCCCCAAUCCCCAUCCCUUCUUUCCCCCCAUCCCCUUCCGUUUUAUUCCCCCUUCCCCUUCCCUGCUUCCCCAUGUCCCCUUCCCUGCUUCCCGAUGUCCCCUUCCCUGCUUCCCCAUGUCCCUUUCGCUGAUUCCUUCAUCCCCUUCCCUUCUCCGCCCAUCCCCUUCCCUUAUAUUCCCCCAUGUCCCCUUCCCUGCUUCCCCAUGUCCCCUUCCCUGCUUCAACAUGUCCUUUUCGCUGAUUCCCCCCAUCCCCUUCCCUUCUUACCCCCAUCCCCUUCCCUUCUUCCCCCCAUCCCCUUCCCUUAUAUUCCCCCAUCCCCUUCCCUGCUUCCCCAUGUCCCCUUCCCUGCUUCCCCAUGUCCCCUUCCCUGCUUCCCCCUUCCCUUUCCCUGAUUCCCCCCAUCCCCUUCCCUUCUUCCCCCCAUCCCCUUCCCUCAUAUUCCCCCAUCCCCUUCCCUCAUAUAUCCCCCUGUCCCCUUCCCUGCUUCCCCAUGUCCCUUUCCCUGAUUCCCCCCAUCCCCUUCCCUUCUUCCCCCCAUCCCCUUCCCUUCUUCCCCCCAUCCCCUUCCCUCAUAUUCCCCCAUCCCCUGCCCUGCUUCCCCAUGUCCCCUUCCCUGCUUCCCCAUGUCCCCUUCCCUGCUUCCCCAUGUCCCCUUCCCUGCUUCCCCAUGUCCUUCCCCUUCCCUUAUAUUCCCCCAUGUCCCCUUCCCUGCUUCCCCCACGCCCUUCCAUGCUUCCCCCCAUCCCCUUCCCUGCGUCCCCAUGUCCCUUUCCCUGCUUCCCCCCAUUCCCCUUCCCUGCUUCCCCAUGUCCCUUUCCCUGA